AUGGCAUUAGAUGAGCCGUCAACAUCUUUCUCGGCUAAGUCGGUACUAACAAAUAGAGAACAUACUUCGAAUAAUACAGAACCCAGAGGAUAUCGGCCAUGUCAAUACGUGUCCAAUCUUUUAAUACAGUGUAAAAAUUAUAUUAAUGAUGACUGUACGACAGCGAACACUUCACAAAAGCCGGAAGCGACGGAUGAGUUAAGCCAUUUCUGCGACAAGGUAUUUUUUGUUUUUUUUAGAUUUUUGAAGAAGGUGUGAAAAUUAUGUCUUUUUGAGGUAUUGUCAAGCUUCUAUGUGCUCUAUCUUGAAUAUGAUCAUUUUUAAUAAUAAAUUCUUUGUAGCACGUUAAUCAUAUCAAUGCUAUCCGAGCACACGCAAAGAAAACUAGAUCAGUGAUAGACCCUGGGUACAAGCCAGUUAAUCGAAAGUAAGUGAUUUAAAUAUUCUUGUUCUAAACAUAGGCUUUAUACUGCUUAAACCGAAGUUACGAAUCUUUGUUUCAGUGAGGAUGAUGAAUUGUUCGAAGAUCUUCGUUUGGAAGGACUGCAUGUAUACGAUCCAUGUUGUUCUGAAAGCUACAUUAAUUCAUCUGAGAAUCCGUUGAGAAUGGCAGUAUACAUGACAGAUAAGGAAGUAGCGCGACAGUACGAUAUGGCUCUAGAACGGACGUUGGAAAAGCUGAAAUGCAUGAGAGAACUUGUGCUGGACAGAUUCAAAGAGCACAUUAAAUCAAAACCGACGUGCAAGAAAGAACAGAGAAAGUGUAAGUGUAAUUUGUCUUUAUAUUAUCAUACAUGUUUAGACAAGCUCGUGGUGAGAAAUCAGAAGGAAAAGGCAAUUCUGGAGCGGUUACGGAACGACAAGCUGUAUGGUGUGCCUGGACCGUUGGUGUUGCCCUACAUUGAAAAGGCAGAACGAAAGCAUGCUUACGAGAAGAAGGGUGUCAAAGUACCGUCGAGAAUGUGGCUCACUGAUCCAGGACGAGACGCCGACACUUUCAAGUGUGAUUUCGUGGAGAAGACUGAGAUAACACCAGAUGCUAAUGCUCAGUACCGAUCCCAGUUGUUAUAUAAUGCGAGUACCGAAGAUACCGUUGUUUCUGUUAUUAAUUCAAUUGUUGAUUAUGUUGAAAGACGAAAUGGAGGAGUCAAAGAAACUAAAUGCUCGAGGAUGCGUGUACCUAUGACCGACUACUGCACUAACCGUUCGUUUUUUCAUUUUUUAGAAUGAAAUUUUUUUGAACUACUAGUUUAUUAUAUUUUUCAAUAGGUUGUGCCUUUUUUAAUGUUUUUUAUUUUAGACAUUCAUCAAGACCCGCAACAAAAAAUAUUUGUUAAAUGUAAACAGUGCUCCAACUACUGUUUACCACUGGAAGAUGGUUAUUGUAAAUUGCAUGUCGUUCAUCGCCGACCGGCAAUAUUACCCAUGGCACCUGUUGUUCAUCCUCACGCUACCACAUCGGUUGUUGGAACUCAACUGACCAAUGGUCCUCCACAGAAGAUUCAAAAAGUGGCAAUGAAUGGUUGGAGGCAGUCUCAGUUACUGGAACCUUCUCUUUCCGUCCGUGCUGAUUAUACUUUGUCGCCAGUGCCGAAGACCGAGCAGUCAAAACCUGAACGAAAAUCUGCAACUAUAGUAGAAAGUAAUGAUCUCAACCUUAAUUUUCCAAAAUCAUCGGUGGUUCAGGUGAUAUCGCGGAAGCCGGUUCCAUUACCGGGUCGAAGAUUGCUGAAGGUGCCUGCAUUGUUACCGGAGACGGUCUACAACGUGGAACAAAAGAAGCUGGCACUAGAAGAUGGAUCGACUAUCAUAGAUGAAGAUGUGCCUCUCGACGAGUUGGAGAAACAGGUGAAGAGCGCCUAUGAGGAGAAGAGAGUAUCGGGGAAUGGCGUAGCAAAUGGACCGGCUUCGAGUUUUCACUACAGCAGGGUUGUAGACAAGUGAGUUUUUUUAAAUACAUUUAAGGUUAAAUUGAUAGUCUACUGUUAAUGUUAUUGAAGCCAUGAAUUUAUUCGUAUACUAGUGUAAUUUAAUUUUCGUUUUUUAUAUUUAUAAUUUAGUAGGGUAUUGCAACGGAAUCGUACUCAUGUACCUGCUACAAUCCAGACUGGAUCUUCCACGAUUCGGCAACAGUCGAUUCACUCUCACAACUUGGCUUUUGAUUUCAUUAACACGUCAGCACGUACCCGGCCGUUCAUGUCAUCGGACGAAACAAAGGCAUUAGCAAGACAGACGGAACUUAUGCCACCACAACCACGUCGCACGAUGAAUCGUGGAGGACGGAGGAAUGUUAUGGUACGACCUCAGAUGCCGAUGACACGUCCUAGAACCCUGCAGUACGCUCACCCGGUGAUGCCUUCUAUUAAUCCACCGUACUGCAUCCAGCCUCCGACGGUCAGCAACAUAGUGCGACAUGCCAGUCCUCUAACUACCUCGGGAAACGGAGUGCGACCGAAAACACCUAUCUCUUAUGUCAAGAAUGGGAGCAAGAAUGUUGCUGUCCACGCUUUGACUCGUUGA